AUGACGACUUUUAGAAACAAUAUUGGGCCUUUCGAAGACUGCUACAUGGGACUACCCGUAGCCAAAGUUAGUGAAUUCUUGGAUCUGAAUCAAGAAGACUACUUCUCGUUCUCGCGACCUUGUAACAAGAUUACGGACCUGAAUCCAAAGUCUUGGUCUUUCUCGCCUCUCCCCUCGCCAGAGUCCCCUUACUUGGAGUCUCCAGUCCUAUCCGGAACAUUUCGAGAUGCCACUUGGGAUCCAUUGGAACAGUCAUUCGGCUCCAUUCUGACACCGGACUCAACAGACGACGGGUUCUUCCCCUCAGAUAGCCAGUUUCGGGCCUUACCAUCGCCGGAACCUGGUGAUCGCCAGAAGGUACAGCCAGGCUAUGUAGCACCAGCAGUAGUCGAAUGCCUACCCAUUGAUCGUAGAUGUAUCGAAAUCUUUCCCAGCACCGGAUCCCCCCAGCUCGGUUCUCCCAUGCAGCAGAAGUCCUACUCAGCUCCUCAAACAAUUAGGCAACCGAACUGGGGCAGGUCCAACCCUUCGCACCACAAGAUCUCGGCUCGUCCGUCUCGAGCGAGCAAACACACUGUAUCCUACGACGAGACGACGCCCACCGCCACCACAACACCGCCAAAGCGCAGUCCCGAAAAACGACUGCGAUCAACGUCAAGUGCGAUCGCGUCAUCUACUACUCCUCGCGUCCUCAUCCCAUCUACAUCAUCGUCAUGCAAUUCACCUCCCCGACAGACCCGACUCAACCACAACCAGGUCGAGAAGCAGUACCGCAACCGGCUGAACGGGCAUUUCGAGGGCUUGCUCCUGGUGCUGCCGCGGGAGGCCGUGGCGGGCCGGGGCGGGGAGAAGAAAGUCAGCAAGGCCGAGGUGCUCUCGCUCGCCCGAAAACACAUCAAAGAGCUCGAACGCCAGAGGGACCGGCUGCAGGACGAGAAUACGCGGUUGGGAGAGGCGAUGCUGGAGUUGAGGCGGGGGUGGAUGGAGUCCGGUGGCGUGGUGGCGUUGCCUUGA